UCUACUAAUAUAUUAUUAUACAGUGAAUCACAACUACUGUAACAUAAAUACAACACAACAACAAAAAUACAAAAACAAUAAUCAUUUCAUUUGCCAAUCAAUUCAAUUGUUUUAUUAUUAUUAUUAUUAUUAUUACUGUAUUAUUCACUCAAUAAUAAUAUCAGUCAAACAGUCAGUCAAUGAAACAGUCAGUCAGUCAGUCGUGUCAUUGAAUUUCAUUUAGUUUGAAGACGAAGAAGAAGACCAUCGAUACCAUUGAUUGCCGACAACAACAACAACAACAGACAGUCGUGUCACAGACAGACAGACACACGUGUCAUACCAUCCCAUCAAUUGAUUUGACUUAUAAUUACCGGUUAUUGUCGGUUAUUGUUUGUUUGGUUGGUUUGGGUGAUUGUGGUGGUGGUGGUGGUAGUGGACGACAACAACAACUUCUUCAACAACAAUGCAGUCAAAGGGUGGCAACAAUCGGCAACCAGUUGGCCAGCCGUUGCACAAAGUUAUUAUGGUUGGCACCGGCGGUGUCGGCAAAUCGGCCCUAACCUUACAGUUCAUGUAUCAGGAGUUUGUCGAGGACUACGAGCCGACCAAAGCGGACAGCUAUCGCAAAAAGUUGAUGCUCGACAACGAAGAAGUACAGAUCGAUAUACUGGACACUGCCGGCCAGGAAGACUAUGCGGCCAUUCGGGACAACUAUUUUCGUACCGGCGAAGGCUUUCUAUGUGUAUUCUCGAUUACCGAACACGAAAGCUUUGCGGCCACACACGAGUUUCGCGAACAAAUACUUCGGGUUAAGGGCGACGACAAUAACAUUCCGUUUAUUUUGGUCGGCAAUAAAUCAGAUCUCGAAGAAAAACGACGAGUCAGUCGACACGAAGCCCUACAAUUGGCUGACGCGUGGCGCGUGCCGUACGUGGAAACGUCGGCCAAAACUAAGUUAAAUGUCGAAGAGGUAUUCAAAGAGCUUAUGAGACACGUCCAGAAGCGAAAGCUGGCCGACGGCGAGGCCAGUAAUGGACCGAAAAAGACUGGCCGCAGGAAAAAGAGAAAAUGUGUUAUUUUAUAAAUAGAUAGAUAUUUUUAAAUAAUAAUAAUAAUAAUAAUAAUAUUUGUUAUAUAAUAUCGUAAAAUAAUAAUAAUAAU